CCUCAAGCCGGCUUGUGGGUCCAAAUCUGGAUAAACCCACCUGUCAGUGGAGUUAGCAUGUGCCGCUCACCGGCCCAGCGUUUGCCAGCCGCGCGGCCGAAAACGCCCAGGGGCCAGGGCAGCUCGAGCUCGGGGACAGCCUAGACGGGUCACGCUGCCUGCUUUCCCCGUGGGCCCCUCCCCCGACGGAAAAGGCGAUAUUUGCGAGGGGCAGUUCGGGCACUUCGCCGCCGCACGGUGGGAAAUUUGAAAACCACGCAAGGUGGAGAGAGAUCUUGACCGAGCGCCGCGAGGAGAGCUCGGAGCGGGAGGGUACGGGCCGUCGGAUGCUCGCAGCUGCCACCGCCGCCUACGGCUAUUUUAACCCCGCGCUCCUGCCGACGCCGCACUCGCCCCCGGCCUCCUCCCGCCUCCCAGAUCUCGCUCGCUCGGCGCCAGUUGCCUCGCAGUUUGGAUCAUCUCAUACCUCGUAAGUCGGCGAAGAUGAGGGAGAUCCUGCACAUCCAGGGAGGGCAAUGUGGCAACCAGAUUGGCGCCAAGUUCUGGGAGGUGGUGUGCGAUGAACAUGGCAUUGACCCUACCGGGCGGUACACUGGCAAUUCCGACCUUCAGUUGGAGCGUGUUAAUGUCUACUACAAUGAAGCCUCCUGCGGACGCUUUGUUCCCCGCGCUGUUCUCAUGGAUCUUGAGCCUGGGACAAUGGACAGUGUCCGGACCGGACCCUAUGGGCAGAUCUUCCGCCCUGACAACUUUGUGUUUGGGCAAUCUGGUGCUGGUAACAAUUGGGCUAAGGGCCACUACACCGAGGGUGCUGAGCUCAUUGACUCUGUUCUGGAUGUUGUGAGGAAGGAAGCUGAGAACUGUGACUGCUUGCAAGGAUUCCAAGUAUGCCACUCCCUUGGUGGUGGUACUGGAUCUGGUAUGGGUACGCUGUUGAUCUCAAAGAUCAGGGAAGAGUACCCUGACCGCAUGAUGCUUACAUUCUCAGUUUUCCCCUCACCGAAAGUAUCUGAUACCGUGGUUGAGCCAUACAAUGCCACUCUUUCUGUCCACCAGUUGGUCGAGAAUGCUGAUGAGUGCAUGGUUCUCGAUAACGAAGCCCUCUAUGACAUCUGCUUCAGGACUCUUAAGCUGACCACCCCUAGCUUUGGUGAUCUGAACCAUUUGAUCUCUGCAACCAUGAGUGGAGUCACCUGCUGCCUAAGGUUCCCUGGUCAGCUGAACUCCGACCUCAGGAAGCUGGCAGUGAACCUGAUCCCCUUCCCCCGUCUCCACUUCUUCAUGGUCGGCUUCGCGCCGCUGACGUCCCGUGGCUCCCAGCAGUACCGGGCCCUCACAGUCCCCGAGCUCACGCAGCAGAUGUGGGAUGCCAAGAACAUGAUGUGUGCCGCUGACCCUCGCCAUGGGCGUUACCUCACCGCCUCGGCCAUGUUCCGCGGGAAGAUGAGCACCAAGGAGGUUGACGAGCAGAUGAUCAACGUCCAGAACAAGAACUCGUCCUACUUCGUGGAGUGGAUCCCCAACAACGUCAAGUCCAGCGUGUGCGACAUCCCGCCCAGGGGCCUGUCCAUGGCGUCCACCUUCAUCGGCAACUCGACCUCCAUCCAGGAGAUGUUCCGGAGGGUGAGCGAGCAGUUCACUGCCAUGUUCAGGAGGAAGGCUUUCUUGCACUGGUACACGGGCGAGGGCAUGGACGAGAUGGAGUUCACCGAGGCCGAGAGCAACAUGAACGACCUCGUGUCGGAGUACCAGCAGUACCAGGACGCGACUGCCGACGAGGAGGAGUACGAGGACGAGGAGGAGGUGCAGGCCGAUGACAUGUGAGGGGAGGGCUGUUAUCGUGUGAAGCCUUGUGGUCCCUAGGGCAAGCGGACCUCGAUGAGUUCGGUGUUCCCUUUCGUGUUGUUGCCAUCUUUCUACUGCUAGCGUACCCACCCUCGUGGCCCAUUCCGUCGCUGUUGACGUAUGUAUUUUUCUUGUGCUAUGGAACCUUGCUUUUGGUACGGUACUAUCCUGCUAGUAUGCUUGGCGUUUGAGGUUCCUGGCGUGAA